AUGAAUGAAAAUAAGCCCCUUAAUAUAACAGAAAAAUUGAUCCAUGAAGUACAAAAUAGACCUAUAUUAUGGGACAGAUACAAUGAUUACCAUCACAAUCGUGUGGCUACAGAUCGAGAAUGGCUAAAUCUGUCCCUGGUAUUAAAUACACACAAAGACAUCUUAAAACAAAAAUGGAAGAACUUAAGAGACCAGUUUCAAAGGGAAUUAAGAAAAAUACCGACCCCUGAUGGAGACUCAGCGAACUCUUAUCUAGCCAAUUACACUGGGAAGUGGAUUUACUUUGAACAGAUGUUAUUCCUCAAAGACUCAGUUAAAACAAAACAAUACAACCACAAUAUAGAAGAAGUAGAGAUGCCAGAGGAUACAAUCGAAGAGUUAAUUGUAUUUGAAGAUGAACCAUUAAUAAAAGUAGAAGAUGACUAUAGUUUAAACUCAAAGAACCCUUUACUCCAGCCCCAAAACCCAGUACGUGAGUUCCCUUCUCAAGGAUGUACUACAGAUAUAGUAAAUAGUAGACAUUUAGAAGCUGAAAUAGAUGAAGAAGUUGGACGCAAGAGAAAGGCCUCAGAAGAGCCACAAGACAGAACCAAACGUAAAAAAAUGUCGUUGGCAGAAGAUCCUGAGAGGAUAGAUGAUGAUGAUCUUCAUUUUUUUAAGAGUUUACUGCCAUUUAUGAAAAAAUUGACCCCAAUUAGAAAGUUAAUAGUUAGAAAUGAAAUUCAGAAUAUUUUGUUGAGAGAAAACUUGUGUGAUAAGUGUAACGGCCAUUCAUGCUAA